UGUACUUGGAGGUUGUAAUAGACUCCCGAUGACUGCUGAUGUUGGCGUGUUUGACAUCUGAGUCUGCCGGACGGCAGCCAAAAGAGAAGUUCCAAAACUUUCCUAAGUCCAUCCAAAAGGACAAUCGGUUAAGAAAGUUCGCCAGACGGGUUGUGCGCUUCUUCAGUCAGCCGCUGUCCCCAAGACUUAGCUGGGCAGUCAGGCAAAUUGUUCGACACGAAGAAUCGUUUGAUUUCCUGAAAUACGAGUGGAAUAAUUUCACCAAGAUGCCGAGAGCAGCUUCGGCCACGUCGAGGCAAUUCCUUCACAUGUCGGAGAUUAUAAUGGAAAAGGGCUACAUGCUGGGGCCGAAGAUUGGUUCGGGUAGUUACGCCAAGGUCCGGCUGGUCGAGAGGGUUUCUGAUGGGAAGAUCCUUGCAGCGAAGGUAAUAGAUCGAGAGAAGGCACCCGCAGAUUAUGUCCACACCUUCAUGCCACGGGAACUGGAGAUCGUGCAAAGCAUCAAACACGAGCACAUAGCUAACGUUCAGGAAAUCAUUGAGACAGACAAAUCGGUGUUCAUCAUAAUGGACUAUGCUCAGAAAGGAGAUUUGCUGGAGCACAUAAUGAACAACGGCGCGCCCAAAGAGAACGUGGUAAAGACAAUGUUCAAGCAGAUCGUCAGUGCUGUACACUACCUUCAUGAAAUAGGCGUUGUACACCGGGACUUGAAAUGCGAGAAUGUUCUCAUAAAGAAAGAUGGGGAUGUGAUCAUCGGCGAUUUCGGCUUCUCUCGAAGGUUUGAUCAGAACAAUAAGCCGAGCAAAACCUUCUGUGGGAGCGCAGCCUAUGCGUCACCACAGUUGAUAAAAGGAACUCCUUACGAUCCUCGUCAGAACGACACAUGGAGUUUAGGAUGCAUCUUGUUCAUAUUAACCUGUGGCUCCAUGCCGUUUGAUGACAGUAACAUCAAGAAAAUGGUGCAGCGCCAGAAAGAAGGGGUAUGCUUUCCAUCCAAGGUCAAGGAUAAGAUCAACCCUGAUAUCAAGGCUUUGAUAAAGAGAAUACUAGAGCCUGAUCCAUCCAAACGGUAUACCACAACAGACAUUUUGAACAACGUCUGGCUUUGUUCCCAGUCUGAAAGAACGGAAGACGAAGAUCUGGAGGAGGCCCAACAAUCCUUUGUGUCCUAGUUUUGCGUUUUUUAUUUGAUCUGCAACGUUUGCAUAUUCUAAGAUGAUCUCUGUGUAAUUAGAUUCUAGUACUUAAUCAGACAAAAAUAUUUAUCUGUCAAGUAUUCCUUUGUAGUGUUUCUAGGUUCACAUUUCAAGCAUUUUGACCAACUUAGCUACAUCAAGCUAGAUGUAUACAUGUAUUUAAUAUAAGGGAGAUUUCUCAAAACAUAUGUUUCCGUAUGUUUCCAAUCCGUUUGUGGGUUGAUAGAAGCUUCAAUAUAUCAGUUCCUGGUUGAAUUAUUUGUGUGUAUUGAAAUAAUGAGUAUAUUUAAACAAUAUGUCUGUAAUUUGGUACAUUAUUUCUUUAUAUAUUAUUUUUGUCUGAUGUAGAAAUUCUAAACGUUAGUUAUUGGUUGAAUGAUUAAUUGUGCUUUCAAAGGGGGGUUACUUCUUAAUUAUAUAUUUUUGGGUUUUCAGUUUUUACCCAUUCCCGUUUUCAGUGCUUAGUUUCAUUAAUAGGGUUAUGGAUGUUCAUUGAGUUUAGGUACAGUAUAUCUGUUUCAUUAUAUACAACUGUAUUUCAGUACAUUUCACUAACUUCAGCACAAUCAGUUCUUUUAUUCCCUGUUCAAUAAGUUCAAUUAAUGCACCAUGUAAGCAAUGUCAAAUAUUUUUAUGAAAACGCCUUGUUGAUUUCAGCAUAUUUACACGUACUUACAAAGUUCGGCGCUAUUUGGUUUUAACCACAUACUUAUUGAUGGAUUCUGAAUUCGUGUUGGUUUUUCAAUGUC